CCGCCGGUCGCCGCGGGGCCGCCCCCUCCGCCGGGUCCCCGCGGGGCCGGCCCGGCCCGGGGCAGCUAUAAAGGGGAGUGGCAGUGGCUGCCUGCUCUUCUUUCUGGCCAUGCUGCGACUGCUGCUGUGCCUGCUGCUCGUGGGCGCGUCGGGCGCCCUGCCCGUCCCGCGUCUCCGCCGCCGCCGGGCCGCCGCGCCGCCAGCCGGGCCCUACGUCACGCGUUACCUCAGGCAGCAGAUUGAUCACUUUGGGUUUGAUGAAAAUCUCACGUUCCAGCAGCGGUAUUUAGUAGCAGAUCAGCACUGGAAGAAAGACAAUGGGCCAAUACUGUUUUAUACAGGCAAUGAAGGAGACAUCACGUGGUUCUGCAACAAUACGGGUUUUAUGUGGGAUGUGGCUGAAGAACUUAAUACCAUGUUAGUAUUUGCUGAACAUAGAUACUAUGGAGAAUCUUUGCCCUUUGGGAAUGAAUCUUUCAGCGAUUCCAAACAUCUGAAUUACCUGACCUCAGAACAAGCUCUGGCAGACUUUGCAGUCCUAAUUGAGUACUUAAAGACGACCAUUCCAGGAGCCCGUCACAGUCCUGUCAUAGCUGUAGGAGGGUCGUAUGGAGGAAUGCUUGCAGCCUGGUUUAGGAUGAAGUACCCCCAUGUGGUAGUUGGAGCUCUGGCAGCCUCUGCCCCUAUCUGGCAGUUUGGUGAUUUGGUUCCCUGUGGCACUUUCUUCAGCAUAGUGACCAAGGAUUUCAAAAUGAGUGGGACAGGCUGCUCAGAAAGCAUCCGGAAUUCCUGGAAUGCCAUUAACAACCUUUCCUCAACAGGUGCAGGUUUACAGUGGCUUUCCAACACAUUUCAUUUGUGCAGCCCAUUAAAAAAUCUUCAGGAUGCUAUUAUGUUGAAAAAUUGGCUGACUGAAACAUGGAUAAACUUGGCUAUGGUGGACUAUCCCUAUAAAGCUGACUUCUUGCAGCCUCUGCCAGCUUGGCCAAUCCAGGAAGUCUGCAAAUUCUUGAAGGAUCCCAGUCUCUCUGACAAAUUGUUGCUGCAGAAUGUUUUUCAGGCAGUAAAUUUAUACUACAACUAUUCAGGAGAAGCCUCAUGCUUUGAUACAUCUGAGACUGCAACAAAGAAUCUGGGCCUAUUGGGUUGGUACUAUCAGGCUUGCACUGAGAUGGUGAUGCCCAUGUGUGCAGAUGGUGUCAAUGACAUGUUCGAGCCUCAGAAGUGGGACUUGGAUGCAUUUUCAGAAGAGUGUUACAGGCUGUGGGGAGUGAGGCCUCGCCCCUCUUGGAUUCUUUCUAUGUAUGGAGGGAAAAACAUCAGUUCACACAGCAACAUUGUUUUCAGCAACGGCGGGCUGGACCCGUGGUCUGCAGGUGGGGUGACCCGGAACAUCACCGAUUCCCUUGUGGCCAUCGUCAUCCCAGAUGGAGCCCAUCACCUGGACCUCCGCAGCCGCAACCCUUUGGACCCCAAAUCUGUGCAGCAAGCUCGAGCCUUGGAAAUCUGCUACAUGAAGCAGUGGAUUGAAAAGGCCAGGCACAGCCACUGAAGGGAUACCACAGCAUCAUGGUCUGCUGGCUUGGCUGGGAGGAGGCACAGGCCUUACCACACAGUCAUUUCAAACUUCACUCCUGCUUCCUCACCCAUGUUGCGGUGCCAGCUGUUGCUUGUUGCCCACGAGAGAGGCAGGUGGAUGGAGAGCAUUGUCAGAGAAUAAACCUCAGUCAAAGUGUGGGGAUUUCUCUGGCUUGCUUUCCUCUUCUACUCGUCUCAAAUGAUGUUCUUUAGCAUAAAACAAAGAGCUCCUGUUCUAGGCUUGAUGCUUUCCUCCCUGUGCUGGCUGAUUGUUUUGACAAUCAGUGGAUUAAAUGGUAAUGCUGAUGAUGAUGAAACUCCUGCUGCCUUCAGUUGGACUGAAUUUCAGACAUGCCCAGCUGCUGUAAACUCAUGGCACAGGCAUGGAAAUGAUGAGGGCACAGAAAUUGCAUCUUGCUGUGAUGUUUGGUGGAGAGAAGGGCAGUCAUGGGGAAACUGACUGUGCUAUUUGUAAAGAACCUAAACAGCCUUUGGAAUCAAUGCUGGAAAAUAAGUAUUUUUUUUUCCUUAGUUUUCUGGCAGCUUGUUAACCAAAGCUGCCUCAGGUGGCUUCUCUGUUAUGUUCUGUGCUGUGCUGAAUGGUCGGGGCUGGGCCCAGACUCACUGCCCAUAACUGCCUGAGCAUCCACAAGCUGCAUCAGGGUUUUAUUUCUUCCUUUGCAGUUUGUCCUAAUUCUGAAAAUAUCUGCCACUGUGUGGAUGGUUGCCAAAGAAAACUCUGAGUGUAUUGUGUGUGUGUGUGUGUAUCCCCCACAAACACCUGGCUUUUUCAAAUCAGGAAGCUUUCGAAGCUGGUCUCUUGAAGAGCAAAUGUGAUACUUUUGCUGGCUGGAUCUUAUGAAGUGACAAAUAAUUGGGGCUGUGCCUUGUGUGGGUUCCUCCCUCCCCCCCACUCUGUGUAUUGUUCAAAUGCUGCAUGAUCUGUUUGCUGAUGCCUCUUCAAUAAAAGCCUUUUUUUAACAAAAA